GUGCAAGGCCACACGAGUGACCAAGUCCUUUCACAACUCACAAGAAGCAAGAAGCAAGAAGCAAAAGGGGGAGAGAGAGAGAGAGAGAGAGAGAUGGAGGCGUUCGGAUGGGGCAGCAGCCUGAGCUCAGGCAUCGUGCUGAGCCUGGUGGCCGUGGUCUGGACCGUGAUCUGGAACAACCUCCAGGGCCUCCAGCUGCAGCAGUUCAUCGGCCGCCACCUGAGCCGCCACGCGCGCCGCCUGGCCGCCAUCGUCGACCCUUACCUCACGGUGACCGUGGCCGAGUACGACGGCGGCGGGCGGAUGCGGCGCAGCGACGCGUACAAGGAGGUCCAGGCGUACCUGCAGGGCGCCACGUGCGGCGCCGGCGGCGGGGUGCGGCACCUCAAGGCGGAGACCCCCGCCAAGGACGACAACCCGGACGCGCUCCUGCUCAGCAUGGGCGACAACGAGGAGGUCGCCGACGAGUUCCGGGGCGCCACGGUGUGGUGGCUGGCGUAUUCCAUGCCGCCCAGGGAGGACAACGCGCCUUCCUACUGGGGUUCCCGCGGCCAGCGCGCCGACCGCCGCUUCUACCGGCUCUUCUUCCUCGAGCGCCACCGGGAUCUCGUCUUGGGGGAGUACCUCGCGCACGUCCGCCGCGAGGGCCGCGCCGUCAUGCUCAAGAACCGCCAGCGGAAGCUCUUCACCAACCUCUCCGGCGACGGCUUCAACGCCGACGGGAUGUGGUCGGAAAGUGUGUGGAGCCACGUGGUGUUCGAGCAUCCCAAGACGUUCGCGACGCUGGCCAUGGACCCGGGGAAGAAGAAGGAGGUGAUGGACGACCUGGACGCGUUCCGGAACGGCAAGGACUACUACGCGCGCGUCGGCAAGGCGUGGAAGCGAGGGUACCUGCUCUAUGGCCCGCCCGGCACCGGCAAGUCCACCAUGGUGGCCGCCAUGGCAAACCACCUCGACUACGACGUCUACGACAUCGAGCUCACCUCCGUCCGCACCAACUCGGACCUCCGCAAGCUCUUCAUCGAGACCACCAGCAAGUCCAUCAUCGUCAUCGAGGACAUCGACUGCUCACUCGACCUCACCGGAAAGCGCAAGAAGAAGAAGAAGAAGGCGGCGACCGAAAAGGACGACAAGAAGGAGUCGACGCCGGAUUCGGACGAGGAGAAGGACAAGGAAGACGCGGGGGCGAGCAAGGUGACGCUCUCCGGCGUGCUCAACUUCAUCGACGGGCUCUGGUCGGCCUGCGGCGGCGAGCGGAUCAUCGUCUUCACCACCAACCACGUCGAGAAGCUCGACCCGGCGCUCAUCCGGCGCGGCCGCAUGGACAAGCACAUCGAGAUGUCCUACUGCUGCUUCCAGGCCUUCAAGCUCCUGGCUGAUGUCUACCUCGGCGUUGACGACCACCCUCUGUUCCGCGCCGUGGAGGAGCUGCUGCCAGAGGCCGACAUGACGCCGGCCGACGUCGCCGAGAACCUCACGCCCAAGAGCGCCUCCGACGACGCCGACUCGUGCCUCGCCGAGCUUGUGGAGGAGCUGCACAAGGCUAAGGAGGCCAAGGAGAAGGCGCUGCUGCAGGCCAAGGUGGCAGGAAAGGGGGAGGAGGAGGCGGCCGCCGACGAAGACGACGACGAGUAGGCCAAUGUUGACUUGGCUGCCUUUCUUGGUUACUUGCUCUACUAUCUGUCUUGCUUGAGCUAUCCAUCGAUUAGAUUUUUGACACCACAAUUAAAAUACAGAUUCAUGACUCAUUUCUCUUAAUAUUAGCAUCACUAUUUAUCUUCUA